AUGUCGUCGAAACUUGCCCUGGAGUUGAGACACAGGGCCCUGGAUGUGGUGAACCGAUACAAGUCGCAUCCGGCCAUCCUGCUGUGGGGCUUCGGAAAUGAGAAGAACUUCUAUGCCGAUACCGAGCAGAAGCGAACGGAUCACUGGUCCUACGUGAGCGAAGUGACCGAUGAGAUCCACCAGGCAGAGCAAGCUGCUGGCGUGUGGCAUCCGGUUUGCUCACCUUUGAUGGACAACUACCUCUCUGACUACUUUGCGCUCGAAGCCAGCUAUCCCAAUGCGGUGGAUCUGUGGUGCUUGAACUUGUACCGAGGAAGUAGCUUUGGCACGGAGCUUUUCAGCACCUAUCCCAGCACUUUGCCGCUGAUGAUCACCGAGUUUGGAGCUGACGCCUACGAUCAAACCAAUGGCCAGGAAUGGGCCACAGACGAACAGGGCAAUGCCUUGGUGUCCUUGUCCACGGAGCUGCGCGACUGGCGCGCCGUGGUGGCCGGAGGCAUCGUGUUCGCCUUCCAGGACGAGUGGUGGAAGUGUGGCGCCGUGAGUGACCACGAUGUCUGUGGCGGUUAUUUUGGCGGCUUGCCCGACGGCUUCGCGAAUGAAGAAUGGUGGGGCGUUUAUGCCACUGGAGCUGGUUCAAAUCCGCAGGCGCGCCAGGCGCGCCCGGCGGUCGCGCAGCUCACGGCGCUCUUCGGUGCUGAUGUCUUCGAGGGCUCCAGCAGUAUUGGGGCUGAGGCAGAUCUUUACGCGCUCAAGUCGAACCCUGGACACAACGUCGGGGCCGUCGACGAGAUUGUGACAAAGUAUCACUCCUGGGACGCUGGAUCUGGACCUGAUGGGCAAUCAGUGUACAACGAAGUGGGCCUCGUUCGCUUCCCUGCCCUUACGCUCUCGGAGUGCAGCAACGGAACUGCCACGGUGCUUUUGACUGUGAAAUGGAUCUCCAGCUCCUCGCUGGUGCUGGCUUAUGGCCCCGUGGCUGACCAGAGCUGGCCCGAGCUGAGCACCACUUGGGACAACUUCCCAAGCUUCGAUCCCUACGACCGACGGACCUUGACUGUCACUUCUGAUGAGCUGAAUCAGGCUGUGAGCUUGAGUGUGGACUGGUGGAGCUCUGGCACUGCCUUGUCCAUGUGGUUGCAGCCGGAUGACACGGUGGCUGCCAACAGUGACGAGAAUCUGAACUUCUUUUCACGAGAAGCCAGCAGCUGGGCACAGCCACAACUGGUGGUGAGCUGCAGCUACUCAUGGUCUGCAAGCAAUUGGUAUAUAGCAACAACGACCACUACGACCAGUGCCAUCACUACGACGACCACGACCACGACCACAACGACAAGCAGCACCACUACUAGCAGCACCAGUACCACCAGCAGCACCACUACCGCCGAGCCAUCAACUACGACUGAACCACCCACCACAACCGAUGCACAAGCCGCCACCACCACCGCAACAACCUCCACCGAUGCACCCACAACGACUACAGCAUCCGAUGCAACCGACACCACCACAACCACAACCAGAACUAGCACCACAUCCAAUGAGCCCACCACAGACACCACCACAACAAGUCUUACUACAACGACUGGCACAAGGACAAGCACCACUUCUACCACCACUAUUGAUUCAACUUCCACAACUGCGACUACGACGGUCGUUAGUUCCACCAAGUCCAGCAGCACCACAGCCAGCGUCACAGCCAGCGUCACAGCGAGCACAACGAGCACCCCCAUGGAGGUUGAUUCAGCCGUCGGAGAUGUUACAACAAGCUCGACAACGGCUUCAACAACCUCUAUGAGCAGUACUACCACCCUCGCAAUGUUGACUGCAAGUUUGACAACCGCCCGUGCUGCUGAUGCCACUGUGGUCACCACAGCGACGACAUCAAGAAGUCAAAGCAUCUCAACAGUUGGCGCGACAUCGAUGACCUCCACCAGCGCAUUCACCUUAGGCAGAGAUCCCACCACUUCCAGCGACCCCUUCAGCUCCACGUCCUUCCACGACGGAACGGAGCUGCAACCCACCACCAGUGCCCUGGGGGAGGAGCUGCCAAGUACGGCGAGUGAAACAACAUCCACAGCCGGAACGCGAGAUUCUUCCACCUCUACCUUAGGCAUCUCGACAAUCCAAGCCAGCUGCAAGUUGACGAUCUCAAACCUGAGGGCCGACCAGUCGCCCAGCGACCUGCAUUUGCACGUCACCGUCGCGCUGGCAGCGGCGCUGGAGUUGGAGGUGAAGCGUCUCCGCAAUGUGGUCAUCGAGCUCCUUCCGCGACGCUUGGUGGAGGAGACCGAGGUCACGGCGAUCGAGGCGGCGCUGGGGGUGAGUUAUGAGGUGGAAGCGUCUAGCGACUCGGUGAAGGAGUUGCUCUCGAAGGUCACAAGCUUGGCAGAUAGCCAGAGCGAUGCUGCCGGGAGAUUUACUCGAUCACUGAAGCAAGAGGGGCUGGAAGUGACCCACAUCCAGAUGUUGGACGUGCCACAUGUUUACACCACCGUGCAGCUUCCCGAGGAGGUUCCUGCUGAAGGCCUACAGACGAUCGUGUUGUGGUUCCUUUUGGGUGUCACCUCCAGCGCUGUGGCCGGCUGUGUGGCUUGUAGCCUCGGUUACUUCUUCGGAGUCUUCCAAGUCAAGCUCCAGCGAUAUCGCUACGAGCGUAGCCGGAGCCUGGUGAGCUCUCAGCCAUCAGAUUUCCCCGUGAGCGUGGUGACAGCGCAAUCCACCAUCAAGAAGUACCGCUCAGAGGACGACGACUACGUUACACCACUCGUGCAGGGGGACCGGCGUUGUGAUGGCAUUGCGUUGUCUACCCGAAAAGGCUUGCUACUGCAGGCCCCGGACUCUGAUUUCAAACGCCGUGUUGACAGGCACGCCAUGGAGCAGACCAAAAGUUUUCGGCUGCAACGAAAAGAGCUGGCCGUUAUCUUCUUAGAGCUCCCAGGCAGGUUUGAGCGGAGCCAGGAUUUGGCCAAUGGAAUUCAAGAUCUACAGAUCUACAGAGUCCCUACCUGGCACAGGCAUGGGCUCCUGAGGAAGGUGAAGGGACAUUCGGUGAAGGCCAACUGCCAAUGCGCUUGCCUCACACCCGCGCAGAUCGAUCUGCUGGGCUUGGUGGUGGGACAGGUUCCCACCUUGGCCCCUGCGGCCACGCCGGGCCCAGGGCAGAUCCUGGUGACCACCGCAGAGCCCACGACAUCGGAGCUGGGCGCCCCAGUGGUGGGCAUACCCAUCGGUGACUUGGGCGGUGGUGAGGGUGGGUACCAGGGGCCGCAAACCGUCCCGCCGGGUUUCUUCACCACCCAGGAGCCUACACAGCAGGGGGAGAUUACAGAUCCAGCAGCUGGCGCGGUGGAUGUGACAGUGAUCGUGGCCAUUGCCGCUGGUGGCUUCUUCUGCAUUGCUGUUGUGAUGCUGGGCGUCGCCAUGUGGACGGGCGUUUGCAAGCGGAAGCCGACGCGUGUGUCAGAUUUGGUCUUCGUGGAGACCCCGCCGCCAAAUGUGGCCACCAAUAAUUGCCCUUUGCCGGGCUCGCGUGCCUCCUCGCGAACCUCCUGCGGAACUGGGAGCCGACCAGUGCAGGAGCGCAGUGCCUCGAGAAGGUCGAGUGGAGCAUCCAACGUGGUCUAUUCCAAUCAGGUGGCCGGUGGCCCGUUCUACGGCCCUUUCUACGAUCCACAAUCAGUGCAGGCAGGAAGUCGGAGUGCCUCCAGAAGGUCGAGCAACGCUUCCAACGUGGUCUACACCAAUCAGGUUGCUGGCCCUUUCUAUGAUCCACAGCAGUCACAGCAGCUGGAGGGGAGGAGUGCCUCUCGGCGGAGCAGCAAUGCACCGGCUUGUGGCCCGUUCCACAACCCGGAGCUGGAAUUACCGGGCGCCGUGGUGUAUGGUGGUAGCAGGAGGAACAGCGAAGAUCGGAGCGUUGGGCCAAGCAAUAGCAAGGUCUCAGUGGGUGCGCCCCGCAGCAGUCGGUCUCCAAGCAAGUCGGAUGCAUCGCCAGGUGGAGCUUCGUCCGGCACCGACUCCCCCGACCGCCGCACGCACGGGCGUGCUUCCACGCACGGCACCGCGGCCACGAAGCAGUCACACUUGACCACGGGCGAGGCCGCGCUGUCCGUCCCGUCGAAUCGACGGCCCAGCAAGAACACCUUGACCCCCUCCGAUGCUGGCUCGCGUCGAGGCAGCAAAGCAUCUGUGAGCUCGAAUGAUGUUCAGUGAGCGGUCCGUACAAUGGCGGCAGAUCGGAAUGGCAGGCUGGCAGGACCUGGUAUAGAUGG